GUAAUAAUACGCGACUUCAAAACACCCAAGCUCCCAAAACGAACGACGGAGCAACGAUUGAAGAUUGGCAAUUUGUCGAGAUACGGAUAUAAAGAUACAUACACGAGACGAGGAGCGCAUGGAAGCAAGCAUUGGAGCGUAGAUUGCGAUGUCGCAGUCCCCCAGCAAGCGGCGCAAGUUGUCCCCCGAGGUUGGCGCGCCGAGCACACCGAGUCGCAUUCCGGGACCGAGGGGGACGGAGAGGGCUACGACGCCUGUGAGGGGUACGCCGGGCAGAGGACCAUCUGCGUCGCCGAGUAAGAGGGCUGCGAGUGUGUCGCGACAAGCUGCGCAGGAUGUGGGGUCCCAAGCUACAGAAAGCGCUGAGGUGCCGGGGAUAAUUGGACAAGGAGCGCAGACGGGAGAGGUGGAAACGACGACACCGAGGAGGACGAGAAGGACGCCGGGGGGUGGAAUGACGGCUGCGCCGAGGAGGAGGUCGCAGUCGCCGCAGAAACAGGAUCCGAAGCCUGCGACUGCGGCGGGAGGGGCUGAUGAGCAAAAUCCGUUCCAGAAGAAGGGGUUGAGACGAUCGCCUAUACCUACGACGGGACCGGCUGGGGGGACGGAUGAGCAGAAUCCGUUUCAGAAGAAGGGGGGACUACGACGAUCGCCUAUACCAGAGGCGGGGGCUGCUGAGGUGCAAACGCAGACGGGGGAGACGCAGGAAGUGCCGGUGGUGGCUAGGCCUACGACGCCUACGCCGAAGUCGACUACGCCGCAGUCGAUUCCGCCAGCUCGUGUGGUAACUACGGAGAUAAUGGAUCCCUUUAAAAAGGGUGGACUACGUCGAUCGGAUAUUGCUUCUCCAGCCCCUGUAUCGGUCACAGCGCCAAUCGAACCAACCGAGCCUACGGAUCCCUUCAAGAAGAGCGGAUUACGUCGUUCGGAUGUCGCUUCCCCAGCACCUACACCUACAGCACCUACAGCACCUGCAGCGCCUGUAUCGACUGUAGCGACUGUAGCACCUGUAGCGCCUGUCGCGCGUGUAGCUACCACAGAACCUAUGGAUCCCUUCAAAAAGGGCGGACUACGUCGUUCAGACAUUGCUUCCCCAGCGCCUGCCGCAGCACCCACGGAGUCUACCGAGCCUGCCGACCCCUUUAAAAAGAGCGGACUGCGCCGGUCAGAUGUUACUUCUCCUGCCCCUGUGGUGGCUGCUGUGCCCACCGAGCCAACGGAGCCUACCAACCCCUUUAAAAAGAGUGGGUUGCGUCGGUCAGACGUUGCUUCACCGGCCCCCGUGGCGCCCACGGAGCCUGCGGACCCGUUUAAAAAGGGCGGCCUACGCCGAUCGAACGUUGCUCCCACAGCGCCUGCAAAUGAUACGCCCGCAGAGAAGCCAGGUACCGAGGAAACACCUACAGAGAACACACCCACAGAGAGAGCAGUCACUGAGGAAACACUCCAAAAUACACAGAGCACCGCCCCUCCCAAUCCUCCGGUUCAAGAACCAACGCCAGAGCCGCAACCGCAACCGCAACCACAGCCAGAACCUCAAGCAGAACUCGAACCGGAACCCGAGCUCCCCCCAACUCCAACCCAACUCGGCAUCCCAGAUCCUGUCGUCACCACCGAACCAACAGGGAUCCACAACACGCCGAGCAAGCGCCCCAAGCGCCCCAGGAGCACAACUCUCAAAUCCUCACCCCUUAAACCCCGCGACCCGCCACCCACCCAGCCGCCACCACCAGCAGUAGCGGCAACAGCCUCAGUCUCAGCCUCAGCCUCAACAUCAGCCCCCCCUCCUUCCGCCUUCCCUUUAAAACCCAAAACAAAACCAACAACAACAACAACAACAACAACCUCCGAACCCCCCUCCAAACGCCGCAAGCAAUCCCCUCCUCCCUCCCGCAACCUCCUACCUCCCGACCCUUACGCGGCAAAAAAACGCCGCCGCGCCGCCCUCCUCGCCGAAGUAGCCCAGCUCGAAGCAGAUCUCGCCCUCGCCGAAGCGGAGAACGCGCGGAUCCGCCGGCACCACGAGGCUGGACGGCGGGAGGUCCCCGCGCCGAAGAAUGAGGAUGCGAUUUUCGACUUGCUUCUUAGGGCUGCGCGGCCGAGGGUCCCUCCAGGAGAGGAGGAGAGGCCGAGGAAGAGGAGCGUUAUGAUGAAUGUUGGCGCCUUUUUGCCGUUUGCGAAGAAGAGGAGGACGCCGGUGGUGAGCAAACAGGUGGUGAAGGAGGGGGAGUUGCCGUCGUAUGGGCCGGUUGAGGUGGAGGAUCCGAUGCCGUAUCUCUCUGUCUUUUCGCCGCUGGGGUUUACGUCUACGACUACGAUUUUGCCCUCUGUAGGCGAGUCCGGGGCGGUGUUACAGCGGCGCGAUGUUGUGGCGAAAGCGCCGGGGGGACUAUUUCAUGCACGCGUCGGGGUGGUGGUUGAUACGGCCUCGUUGACGGUUGUGGCCGUCGACGUGGAUGGGUUGGAUGGAAACGCCGAGCCGGAAAUUGGGCGGUGGAUGAGGGAGAGGGCGGGGGAGGGGGUGUUGGGUCGGGAUGUGAAUGCGGUGUUUUAUGGGAUGGGGCAGUGGGUUGAAGGGGCGGCGAAGAGGGCGAGGUUUUGGUGCCAGAUUGGGGAGGAGUUUGCUGGGGGCGGAAGGGGGAAGGGGAAGGAGAAGAGGAGGAAGGGGAAGGGUAGGGAGGGAGAGGAUGUGGAGUUAGAUGAGGGAGUGGGCGCGGGGAAGUGGACGGCUAAGGAUUUGCUACCGCAUAUGAGACGCACGGCGCUCGUGCUGCCGGUUGAGGAUGUGGAGGUCAUGGUGGAGUGGCGCAUCGCGCUCGACUGGACGGGCGAGGCGGAACAUGCUAUCUCGGCGUCGGCGCGGGUGCCUCGGGGAUGGCAUGAGCAAGAUGAGCGGCGCAGUCUGACGAGGGUGCCGGAGAUGUUUCGGAAGCUGGUGGAGAGUCGCGGGCCGGUGGUGGCGGUGAGGACUGUGGUGGCUGGCUUGCUGGGUUGAAGGGGUCGAUUGAAUGGGGUUAUGUGGUAUGAUUGCAUGGUGUAGAGAGGGGAUAUGAGAGGGGUAUAGCACAGCAGCGCACGAUUAUGACAAUGAUACCCGUUUACCCAUCCUCAUUCACCGCGCCCAUCUCC